AUGAGCGGACCACGGCAGAGUUUGCUUAGCUUGUUUGACCCUUUGAAAUCUCCUUCAGUUUCUGCUCCCAAAUCGCCUACUUUGCGCGAGUCGGACAAGGAGAACGAAGGAGAUGGUCAAGAGAGAUUGACACUCACGGCUUUCUUUAACAAGACUUAUUCUACUCAUACAACUGAGAAAGGACCUUCGCUCUGGGAGUAUAGCGGGCAAUUGGUGGACAUAGAAAGUGGCAAUCUUGAAGACGACCAAUGGGGGGAGACAGAGCCGCAGAAUCGAGAGAACACGUCUGCAAUUAAUCAACUGCAGGAGCGUGCUUUGCGACCUCUAGCCAAUACGGAAUCCCCCGCACAAUCGGACGUGACCCAGGAACACUUAUACAAGACCAAUACCGCUCAUUCCUUCCCGAAUUGUGACCUCCGCACUGCUAUUCUGGAUUCGACAUCUGCCAACCCCGCCCGAGAAACAAUUGCCGCCAGCGAUCAAGGGGACCUGUCAUCCUCUGAGUUAAGUACGCUACCGACUUCCAUAGUCGUCUCACGGGCACCUCAAGAAGAUGCAUCUUACGCGCCAUCGCUGGAUACGUCUACUGCGCACCUCAUCCCCUCGUCCACGACUAACCUAUUGGUUAACGCCUCCCUGUCCUCUUUGCCGCCAUCCGCCAGCACAUCGUCGGCAAUUUCUAGUUCAUAUCUCGCACCCCAGGGUGCGACUCCGAAAUCCGGUACGAGGCAUAUUUUAAGGUCCAAGAACCGCAACUCCCUUGAUCUACACACCUCUUUCAAUAUGCAUCUCCAAGCGGAAUCAUCCUUCGAUCUGCUGAAUGACAGGAUCUCGUUCUUGAAUGAAUCAGCUCCGGAAGACGAUUUUGAUAUUGAGGCUGAGGAGAAGGCUAUGGAGGCGAUCAUCGCUAAGAAUGAGCGAUCUGGCCCCAACGGUCCCGAGGAGACAGAGCAGGAUACUACGGCUGAGGCGCGACCUGUUCGACCUGCUAGCGAUGCCGCGGAAGAUCUGUCAAGCUCUAGCUCUCAACUCGAGAAUCUGGGUCACAGGGACUCGGACCGCCUUCCCACACCAUCUACACCUCAGGCUACCUCGAAGUUCUCCGUCAUAACCCCGGAAAAUAACACGGCCCCAGGGCUGUCUACCUCACAGGAAUCGACCCCCCAGCCCAGUGCUAGAGGCGCGAUACGGCACUCUGUGCCGCAAUGCUCCCCGGGUUCCAGUAAGGAAGCCGGGUCGAAUUCCAUCGACGAAAAUGGGACACCAGUAGCACCGACCAAGCCACGUAGGCUAUCUCGCGCGGACAUUUGCAGUCCGUCGACGAGACCAUCAUUCGCCCAAGCCGCUCCCGCGGUUCAACCUGUGCCUGCCCUGCGCAUCGUGAAGCGCGCCGGGACAGGCAAAGGUCAUUACAAGACUCUCUCCGCUGAUCCCCACAGUCCUGAAGGGCCGGCCCAUCCACCCGCGAGGCCUACUGCGGCUCCCGCUCCUGCGUCUCGCGCAACCCGAAGACCAUCCGUUGCUGCCCCUUCGGCGUCCACUUCUGGGGGCGUCAUCUCAACUCAGCCUCGUGUCGUGGUGAAAGGCGUUCAGAGACCCGCUCCUGGCUCGAAGUUUGUGCUUCCUUCGACUCACAAGCCGAUUGCGCCCACGGCCAGCAUGAGCACUCAACUUGCUGGGACUCGGUCCGCCUUAGUCCCGACCAGCAGGUCAGGAAUGGGUCCCGCACGUAUCACGGGGGUGCAGCGGCCUCCUGUGCUCCCGCGCGCUGUGGCAGAGUCCAAGAAACCUGUGCAGCAGGUGACCAGUCAUGGCGAGUCAAAACCCAAGAUCUCCGGCUUGCGGGUUCCUUCGCAGUCGAUGCACAAGUUCUCUGGGACCGGGACCGAGACUAAGUUGCCGGUGCCGAAGAGCAUGUCGAUGUCAUCAAAGCUCCCGAGUUUUGGGGGAAGGUCGAAGAUUGGCCGCUUGGCAUAGGAUUAGAUAUUUGAUGGAGAUGGUGAGGUGAUCCCUUGGGGAUUGAUCAGGUUCCUUUUUCCUGGCAUGUCUCGCAAUAUUGCACAAAUCACAUUUUUUGGAGAGCAUUCAUAUCACGUCCAUUCUACUUGCAUAUCAUAUUUCUCUACGUAUGUGUAGAGAAAUUCACAAGAAAAAGACUUAGAC